AUGCCCACGAAAACUAUUGGUGACCUUCCGCCUCUUAUUGUCGGGGGAGCCGUGUUCAACACGCAAUACAACUCCGACCCUCAUAGCUUGAGUUCCACGGAGAUAUUGGAGGUGGCGUUUGCCAAGGGAUUCAAUGCCAUUGAUACCUCUCCAUACUACGGUCCCUCAGAAGAGAUUUUGGGCGAGGCAUUGAAGAAAAUCAAGGGAAAAUGGGCUCGGGAAACGUACAUGAUUUGUACAAAGGCCGGGAGAGUCAAGUUGAAUGAUUUUGAUUAUUCAAGAGAAGCGGUGAGGAAAUCGGUGUUACGGUCUUUACAAAGAUUGGACACCACAUAUCUUGACUUGGUGUACAUGCAUGACAUUGAGUUUGUGAAUGAACAAGAGAUUUUCGAAGCGUUGAGAGAGCUUAAGCUCUUGAAAGAGGAAGGGUUGGUGUUGAACAUUGGUGUUUCUGGGUACCCAGUGGACUUCUUAUACAAGAUAGCACUUGAAUGCAAACAGGGAGACAUUGGGAGCUUGGAUAUGAUCAUGUCAUACUCCAAUGGAUGUAUCCAGAACGAACUUAUGUUUCAAUAUUACGACGAUUUCUUGACCAAAUGUGGAGUGAAGAAAAUCAUGAAUGGAUCAAUUUUGAGCAUGUCCUUGUUGAGAUCUGAGCCCACCAAGGACUUCCAUCCUGCUCCACGGGCGCUCAAGGACCGGGUCACCCAGGUGGCGACCACCUUGAAGCGCGAGGAUGGAGUUGAAUUGGCCGAUUUGGCCACAAGGUUUGCCUUGAGGAGAUCCUUAUUUGAAUCAAAGACCGCUAAAAAAGGGGAAGAGAAGAAGCAAGAAAAUGGAGCUCUUGUAUGGGACGAAACUUGUUCGAUUGUGUUGGGGGUUUCCAAUGUUGCCGAGCUUGAAGAUGCGAUCUCUAACUUUGAGUUGGUGAGAUCAAACGGUCCUAUCAACCGAGAAGACGACAUUUUGUUCAAAAAAGUUAGAGAAGAAUUGGGCGAGCAUUUCAAUGAGACCUGGGAGAGUGGGAUCAAACAUAAUUAG